AUGCCGAACAACACUCGCAAGGACAGCGAGUACUACAGGCGGAGAGAAGCCGAAAGAGUACGGAAAGUUGUGAGAGCGGAAUCGUUGGCUAAGUGGCAACAUGAGUCGAACACGGCGGAGAACAGUAGAUGGACACAUCGACUAAUACCGAUUCGUUCGACCUGGGUGAACAGAAAAGACGGAGAAGUCAACUUACACCUAACGCAGUUCCUGUCUGGCCACGGCUGCUUCAGGAAAUACCUGAAUCGGUUUGAACACGCAGUCUCACCCCUCUGUCCGGAGUGUGGCAACGUCGAUGAAACGCCAAAGCAUGUGGUCUUCAUCUGUCCAUGGUUCGAAACAGUGCGAAGGGAGGAUAGCUGUGGAUAA